UGACGGGCGCUAGGACCCGGAGGAGCACCAGGAAGCUAACGACGGCAGUAUGCUAGCAAGGACUACAAGGAUUCAUUAAGCGCAUCUACAUCAUAAACAUUAAUGGAUUAAGUGAGACUUAAUCAUGUCUCAAGUGGAGAAAAAGGCAGGCUUGCUUAGGAGGACGUCGUCCUCUAAAAAGCCUCUGAAAGAAAAGGUGGUUCUGAUGUACGAUGAGAUUUUUGCUAAAGAAGACCCAGCCAAAAAUAACCCUCGCUUUUGGGACGAGUUGUUUCUUAUGAAGGUGAACUUAGAGUACCUGGAGUCUAAGUUGGAGAGCGUAGAUGGGGAAGAAGUGCAGCGUGUUCAGGACAACAUCAACUCUCUGUUUCACCACUGCGUCCAGGCUCUCGGAGAGGAGCAUCAGAUCAAAGUAGUCAACGCCCUGCAGACUCUGUGUGCACUUUUUCGAGGGGUUCACCAUAAGAAUAAGUCGGCGUCUGGCUUUGACAUCAUCAACAUGCUCAUGGGCUUUGACAAAGCUGAACAAAGGAUGAAAUCUGUAAAUCCCUACAUUGUGAAGCUCUCCAUUGUGGAUGAUGAGCCUACACUGGAUGGAAUGGGAAUGGUUGUCCACCAAGCUCUGGCAAAAUAUAACAGGCAAUAUAAAGAUAAAGAGGAAGAGAACCAAGGAGGUUUCUUCUCCACUCUCACUAGUAUGGUGGGCAGCAUGUUUAUAGCAGAUGCUGAUGAGAAACUCUCCGUACAGACGAACGAGGCGAUUCUGCUGGCGCUUUAUGAAGCGGUGCACCUGAACAGAAACUUCAUCACCGUGUUAGCACAGAGCCACCCUGAGAUGGACAUCGCYGCCACACCCGCCACCCCAACUCCGACGACACCAACAACACCGCCCGCUCUAGACAUGAUGAACAACCCAGAGCUGCCUCUGGAUCCCAACCUGCAGACCAGCAACCUUCUCAUUACCUUCCUCAAGUAUGCCUCCAUUGUAAUGCAGGAUACUAAAGAUGAGCAUCGACUCAACAGUGCCAGACUUUGCCUGAUCAUCCUCACCUGUAUAGCUGAGGAUCAAUACGCUGAUGCCUUUCUUCAUGAUGACAACAUGAACUUCAGAGUCACCCUCCACAGAAUGCCCAUGAGACACAGAAAAAAGACGGUGGGGAAAAACAUCCCAUCACGCCGGCUGGUCUGUGCUGUUCUAGACCUGAUGGUGGAGUUUAUUGUCACUCAUAUGAUGAAGGAUUUCCCCAUGGAUUUAUAUAUACGCUGUGUGCAAAUCAUCCACAAACUGCUGUGUUACCAGAAGAAAUGCAGAAUCAGAUUACAGUACGAUUGGAGGGAGCAUUGGUCGGCGCUCAUCAACCUGCUGAAGUUCCUGCUGUCRAAUGAAACCGCCCUGUUGGCCAAACACAACAUCUUUCACCUGGCCUURCUGAUUGUAAACUUGUUCAACUUGUUUAUAACCUACGGCGACACGUUCCUGCCCACAUCCAGCAGCUACGAUGAGCUGUAUUAUGAAAUCGUUCGAAUGCACCAGGUCUUUGACAACCUCUACUGUAUGGUUCUGAGAGUUUCCACCAAUGCAGGCCAGUGGAAGGAGGCAGCCAGCAAAGUUACACAUGCCCUUGUCAAUAUUCGGGCCAUCGUCAACCAUUUCAAUCCCAAAAUCGAGUCGUACGCUGCUGUUAACCACAUCUCCCAGCUCUCAGAAGAACAGGUUCUGGAGGUGGUGCGAUCCAACUACGACACACUGACCCUCAAACUGCAGGAUGGUCUGGACCAGUUUGAGAGAUACUCAGAGCAGCCGAAAGAAGCUGCUUUCUUCAAGGAGCUGGUGCGCUCCAUCAGUCUGAACGUGAGGAAGAACGUGUCUCUGAACACGCUGAGUCAGGACGUGCUGCUGAAAGAGUUCUCCACUAUCUCCUGAGACACACACACACACACACACACACACACACACACACACACACACACACACACACACACACACACACACACACACACACACACACACACACACACAGAGAGAGAGGACCUUCACCCCAUUUAAGACCUGCCUUUUUGUGCAUGUGGACAUCUACACACCCUGGACGCUCAUCCUGCAGAGGUCUGGACGCACCUUAAGGAACAAUCAGAACCAUGAUAACGGACCUUUGUUGUUGUUUAAGGAGGUUCUUGUAAUUCUGUUUCCUUAAGGGCAAUCAGAAGUUCUGACUGUUAACUGACACGUGAACAAAGUAUUUUAGUCUUCUGGUGUCCAACUAAUCACUGUUUAUGGUUUAUCCUGAGCUAGUUUGUGUUAGAAUCAAAGCAUUUACUCUUUAAAUCUAAACGCUUGGUGAAUUCAUUUUAUUUAACUUUUGUUUUUCCUCAAGUUUUUUUUUGUUUGUUUGUUUGUUUGCUGAGGUAGAGGACAUUUUAGUAUUUAGGCUGUAAUGAUGCUUUGAAGUGAUUAAAACCUGUUUUUUUUUUUUUUUUCAAACCUUCUGAUGCUGAAUUAUAAGUCCUUAAUGUUCAAGUUUUUUUUUCUUUUAACAAAAUAAACUAAGAUUUAAGGAUAAGAGGGGAAACUACUGUAUAUAAUUACAGACAUGUUUUUGGCACAAACUGUGGUGGUGUAGUUAAAAAAACAUUGGUUCAACUUUUUAAACUCUUGAUUCAUCUUCCUCAUUUAAACUGUUGAGUUAAUUGAGUUAUUUUUAGAUUAAAGCAGAUUUAAGAUAUGCAAUUUCUUUAGGUGUAGGAGCAUCGUCAUCUCUAACUCCUGUAUUUGUUUCAUUUUAAUUAAAGGUUUGUUUUUCCUA